GAGAGGAUGGUCUCCAAAGAAUGACAUCUGCAAAAUGUCCUUUUUUCUUCCUUCCAUGAUCAAGCCACAGUCUUUAAAAGACUUCUCCCAUUCAUCAUAUCAUAACAUAAUCACAUAACCUUCACUGCUCCUAAGUCUCAUUCUGUUCAUUUGGCACACUAUUUAACUCACAUUUCCUCAGCUCAUUUUCACUCACUCCAAAUUUUCUUAUAGCCAUGUCAACCUCGAGAACCUCAUCAGAUACAGCCUUCAAAGGAUAUGACCCGAGCCAAACUCAAAUGUGUCUGUCUCUCCUUCAACGCAACACAUCUCCUUGUGGUGAGAGAAGAGGUAGAAGGAAGCAAGCAGAACCAGGGAGGUUCCUUGGUGUUAGGAGGCGCCCUUGGGGUCGAUAUGCUGCUGAAAUUAGAGACCCCACAACCAAAGAGAGGCAUUGGCUUGGCACAUUUGACACUGCUCAAGAAGCAGCUCUUGCUUAUGACAGAGCUGCUCUGUCCAUGAAAGGAAGCCAAGCUAGAACCAACUUUGUUUACUCUGACAACAUCAACUUCCACACUCUCCAGCUUUCUCCUAUGAAUGUUCAAGUUCAACCUCUCUUGCCAGCUUCACAGACGUUCUUCACCAACACCACCACCACCACCACUCAGACCAAAACACCAACCAACCAAAAUAGCCUCUCUCAGAUUAUUCACAGUGCUUCAAACUGUGGAAACCCCUCCCCAUUGAACAAUGACAUGUGUGUUGAAACCACAUAUGGGUCAGCUCAGGAUGACAAUUUCUUCUUUUCUAGUGAUUCUAACUCGGGCUAUCUGGAAUGCAUAGUUCCUGAUAACUGCUUCAGACCUGCUUCAUCCAGUUCCAACAGUUCAAACUCCAGAAAGAGCAAUGUGAAUGAUCAAAAGACUAACACAAGCUCCAUGGAGAGUACUAAUCAUCAUCAUCAUCAUCAGUUCUCACAUGUUGAUCACAUGACUUCGUUCUCUCAAGAAGAAGGCAUUAAUGAAAUGGCACCAAGGGCCUCUUAUAACUUAUCAGAUUUUUGUUAUCAAAGUGAAGUGAGUCAAGGAUCAUGGGAUUGGAAUUGCAGUGAACUUUCAGCUAUAUUUAAGAACCCAAUGAGGGUGGAAAAUGGGUGCAUGGAUGAUGCAUUGUACCCAAUAAAUGAUAGUCCUACUAGUCCAAGCUAUGGGCUAAUGAAUGAGGCUGGUUCUUCUUCUACAACCUGUUCUCCAUCACUUCCACCCUUUGGGGACGUAGACUUGGGAUACCCACUCUUCUGAGGUGCAUUUAUCAAGGAGUGCCCUUCUUGUGUACUUGCAUUGCAUGCACUUGUACGUUUUUCUUUUUUUAUUUUUCCUUGUAACUUGGGUCUAGCAACCCUUUUUUCCUUCUUCUAAUGAUGUAAUUACUAAAUUGCACACAUCAUGGGGUGACUGAGUGAGCUCUUUAGGUUUUGAGAUGUUGAAAAAAAGCUCCACUACCAGCUCUCACUUUCAAAUCAAUGGAAAGCCUUUUCUGUGAUGCUCUCUGGC